GAGCGCACUAAACACGCCGCGGUCACAUGACAGCGGCGCGCGCCGAUGCGAGACGACGCCCGUGGAGCAAGUCUGUGUACCGAACGGUCGUGCGCUCCACGGAGCAGCAGCAGCAGCGUGCUGGCCAGACUCGAGACCAGGAGCAGCUCACAAGCAGGAGGACACGGGCAAGGCGGCAGCGGCGGCGGCAGCAGUCUCUCUCUCUCUCCAUCAGUGGCAACAGUCAUGGCGACUUGCGGUGUCGGCGUGAUGCCGAGGAGCGAGUUGCUGGAGGUGCUCGGGCGUGGAGGUCGCUGGGGCCGCGUGCGCGUGACGCUCUCCCGGGACGCGCUCACGCUCUCGGGACCCGAGGAAGCGACGACGGCACUCGUCAACGGCACCGCCAACGGGGGAGGCGGCACGCCGCCGGUCCCCUCGCCGGGGACCGGUGGGUUGUCCAACGGGAUUCGGAGCCCCAACCUGAGCCCCAGCCUUAGCCCGAGCCCAGGAGCGGUGGCGUUGAGCUGCGUCGGCGAGCCGCACACGGAGCAGAAGCGCGUCGUGCGCGUGUUGAAGCGAGAGUCGGGCGGCUUGGGGAUCAGCAUCAAGGGCGGCCGUGAGAACAGAAUGCCCGUGGUCAUCUCGAAGAUCUUCCCGGGUCUGGCGGCCGAGCAGACGGGAGCUCUGCACGUGGGAGACGCGAUCCUGGCGGUGAACGGAGCGGACCUGCGGGAAGCGACUCACGAUCGCGCGGUGCAGGCGCUCAAGACGGCCGGCAGAGACGUGCUGCUGGAAGUCCAGUACAUGCGCGAGUUCUCCGCCUUCUUCCACAAGGCGUCGCCGCUCUCCGACGUGGACUGGGCCGACGGCGAUGUGCCGUCGCCCCGGCAAGCGCGUGUCGACCUCCGCCACGGCACGACGCCGGGAACGCCGCCGGGCUCGCCGGGCUCGCCGGGCUCGCUUGGGGGCCAGCGCCACAACGGCGGGGAGCGGCGCGUCAUCGCGCUGCGCAUGUGCUACGUCGCGCGCAACCUCAGCAUGUCCGACCUGGAGAACAGGCUGAUUGAGGUUCACUCUCCGGACGUGUCGCGCUGCUUGGUGCUCCGCGCGAGGGACGCGGCGUCGGCGAGCUCCUGGUUCUCGGCGCUGCGGGCCGCCACGGCGGCGCUGGUGCCGGCGGCCGUUGCCGAGGCCAACGAGGGGCCCCUGCACCACGGCGGGCUGCUGCACUCGCGAGCGCUCGCCAACCUGGGCUGGCUCGCUGAGCAGAUCACGGGGGAGACGGGGCGGCAGACGUGGCGUCCGACGCUGGUGGCGCUGACGGACACGGACAUGCUCCUGUACCACGCGCUGCCCACGACGCGCGAGGGCUGGCAGGCGCCCUACCGCACCUACCCGCUGCUCGCCACGCGGCUGGUGCAGGGCGGCAUUCCCCGCGAUGCUCCGACGCAGCCCGGCGCCGAGCUGUGCCUGGUGCUGCGCUCGGGGACCCCGCACGGCGUGGUGACGCACGUCCUGCGCGUCGAGACGCAGCGCGACCUCGCGCACUGGGGCCGCCUCCUCGUCGACGGCUGCCACGGCGCCGCCGCGCUCAUGCGCGAGGCCACCGUCGCGUGCGUGUGGAAGGGUACCGACUGCCGACUGACGGUGCACUACGAGAGCGGCUUCACCCUGGCUAUGGACCCGGGCCCCGGGGCGGCUCCGGGCGCCGCGCCGGCCGUGCUGCUCAGCUACCCAUUUGACCGCCUGCGCCGCUCCACGGACGACGGCGUCUCCACGCUGUGCCUCGACUUCGGCGGCCACGAGGGGGAGGUGCGCAUAGACCUCAAGGCCUGCCCCAAGCCCCUGGUGUUCAUCCUCUACUCAUUCCUCUCGGCCAAGGUGGCCCGCAUGGGCCUACAGGAGGCGUGACGUCGCCCGCAGUGCCGCCCCGGGGGCAGCCCACGUGACAAGACUCUCGCACCUGGCAGCUGACUUUGACCGGUGCCGGUUUCUUCUUUAACCCACGCCUGGCCUGUCCACCACGCUUGGUACGGGGUCGUAGCUCACGGUCGAUCCUGGAGCAGCAGACGGCACCAGUCCCCCUCGAGCGUCCGCCCUCGUCAAAGGCUAAAAAACGGCGGGGGGCGGGGGGGUGGAGGAGGCUCAGGUUUGGAGCUCUUUGCGACGGAUUCCGCCGCUCCAUUCUGCAGCGGCCCCUAAUAAGUGAUGCAACUCGGUGGCCCAAUGAUCGGUGCCGGACAGACAAGCGGGGCUCGGGUAAAAGGGAAAAUAAUUCCUCCUGGGUGAGGUGAGGGGAGGGGGGUGGGGGGGAGGGCUUGGAGGCGAGUGAGUGCAGAGUUUGCGGCGCACGGUGCCCUCCUCAACGCCUCCAUGUAGCGGGGUUCAUUUCGUCAGCACCUUCGUGUUUUGAGUCGGGGUCUCGUCGACGACAAGCUGCGGAAUUGUAGGCACGUUUGAAUUUGUGGAUUUAAUAUAGUCACGAAAAUUUGUAUUUUUUUAACGCUGACAUAAUUCAGACACGGUGUUUGCCGUCGAUUUUAGUCGGCGCUUAACGCCUGAGCUAAAUCCACGGGCCAUCGACUCGACUAACGUUCCACAAGAUUGUCAUCGACAUACGAAUAUGGAAGAGACUAAAAUGCGGACUAAAUGAACCACUGUGCCGGGGAGGAGACUUCGGCCUGCAUGGCCGGGGCCCUCCCGCCACGGGGCAGAACUCUCCGCGCUCAUAGAGCCAUGGGACUCGCAAGAACUUGCCCUCCCGGAGGUUGUUACCGGGUGCCGUCGGAUCCGGACGGCGCCAUUGCCGUUGUGAUUGAUUGCCUUCUUCCCCCCUUCCCCGUUGCACCCAUGUGGUGCCAAACUAAACACGAACUGCUUGCCACUGAUGUUAGCCGUGGCCGGGAAUUGAACUCUGCGCAAUGUGCUAACCGCUGCACCGUACUUCACUCCCAUUGUUACAUAGUCAGCCCCAUACCUCCGACACCUCAGAUUAGAACGGUCGGCUACGUACGGUGCGAAAGAAGUUCAGCAUACAUAUACGUACAUUUGUUUCUGGGUAACUGUUGGCAAAUUAAAUUCCCAGGUUGGGAGGGGAGGGAGUAACUUGGCCCAUUAUUCUUCGGUGGUGGUGGAGGAGGCAACACAAGGAGGGCCCUUCCACUUUGUGGAAAGUCCACGGCGGUCACCCUGUGGAUUCAACGUCCACUUACAGCCACUCCUAACCGCAUUAUAAAUCGACAUUGGAAACUCAUUUCUUUCGGCACGGCUUUUCGUGUUUUAGUUUGGUGUCCUUCCCCCGCACCCCCGAUGAGCACGGUUGGCUACGCCACGGUGCGCAAAGAAGUUCAACCUGCGUACGCACAAGCCCCCCCCCCCCCCCCCCCCCCCCCGAGGACUGCGUGCCACUUGUCUUUGGCACCCGUACGUGUAUAUAGUGUUUUAAGAGUCAUUUCCUCGGCUUCAUCGUUAUGGUGACAACUUCUCGUACUUUUCUUUGGAUUCUGUCAUCGGGGGAUUUUGGGGGCCUUCGUUGACGGGGCCCAAAGGCUGUCGACCUCCAGAAAAAAACCCCGCGUCUGCUGAGCACAGCGUUGAGCCGACGUUGCAUUUCAAAGUCGGGAACGUUUCUCAAAUUCCAGCCAUAUCGCUUUUGCCAGGUUCAACCGGGUGUGCGCGUCACGAGCAGCGGCUUUGAUUUCCAUACUUCGAUGGAAAAGAUUGGCGAAAGUCGACAAGGUUGGACCCUGAGAUGUUACUCAAGGACUGGAUUUUGCAAUCUGCAUCCACUCGAAAACUCCCGAGACCCUCCGGGGCCACCCGCAGGCUUUUAAAGGGAGAAUGUGUUGUGCUCUGCAUCUACAUCAGCCACGCGAAAGAAAAAAGGGGAGUAUAGGGUCAGGUGGACGGCCUUAAAGUUGUCGUGUUGCCGCCGUGUCGUGGUUCACGGUGGCUUAGCCCUCCAGAACGUCGCCGGAUCGCGCUGCUCGGUGCACGAUGCCCCGACGUUUCGCCCGCCUGCGCGUUACCGGAGCCGCAUUUCGAGCUCGGCGGUCGCUUCAGGGGGACUCUCUCUCCCGAGUCACCGAGGAAACUCCUGCAGUGUGUGGAGCGAAACGUCUGGACGUGGGCAGCCGAGCGACACGCGGAAACGACCCGAAAAGACAUUGGGGGGAGAGCCGUUACGGCACAAGCGGGAAAACCCACACGGUGACCUUCCACGGUGGUGUGAUGCUGCGUUGAUUCUGCGGUGCGUAUUGUGCCGACGAGUGUGGGAACUCUGUGCUGCAUCGGUGUCCAAAGAACAACUGCCUCUUUACAUGGCGGCUGGCAGGGGGAGAAGGUUUAAAAAUUGCCCUAUAAAUGGUGCAAGCACGAAACUAACAGCAGCACUUGGGGAGAUCCGCCUGGGCCCCGCGUCCAGUGACAACAAUUAUCCCGCGGUGUCGCCGCAUAGCCGGCGCCUCCGCCGGGGCCGUGGUGAGACGUCGUGAGGUCGGCACAGGCGAAGCGUGGCGAUGGAAUGCAGCACUCCACUUGCGGAACAGCGCGAGUGGGUGACAGGCUGAUGGACACGGACUAAUAGACUAUAAAGCGGAAACACUAACGUAAUACAAGUCUUAAGCCUCCUACUUAUAAUGACAAUCUUAAGCAUAAUUCUAGUCCUAUGGCCCUAAUUCUGAACCCUUACCCUGAACCCUGGCCCUAACCUUAACAAUAACCGGUAGCCUCUUAGUCUCUUUCACAUCUUGUGAUCCUAAUCCUUAACCGAACCAUGACCAUAACUGUACUGUUCUUAGCCUGACUAAUAUAGUCCCGAUGACCCAACCCUAAACCAGAACUCUGGCCCUCUGGCCCUAACCAUAACAAUAGCCCUCACUCCUACUAAUCAGCCUAAUUCUAGUCGUAACUUAAGUCCUGGGCCGAACUCCUGGGCGAAUCCAAGCAAUAGCGGAAGCCUGGUCACAAGCUCGACACGUGGGGCAUGUGUGCAGUGAUGUGGAUUCUCUUCCUCGCGACACAUGCAGCGGGACCGCGUGGGAGAGGAACGAUCCCGCUCGCAUUUUUUUGCGAUGUGCGCGAUGGAAAAACGCCGGGGAGAAACUGAGGCAAGUGGAGCGGACAGGAUUGGUGCAAACGAGAGACGGAACAAUCGAGAAACGAUACGAAAGAGGUGGUGGAAAAAAAACCGAGGAAUUUAUUUGUGAAUAGGAUCGCAACGCCUGAUUGCGACCAGGUCAUCGAAUCGCGGCGGGUAUUCAGUCCGUGGUGACUUGUCACAAUGCACCUCUGCCCAACGGUAUCCACGCUCUCAACAUACCGUGUCAACCCAUACGGUUUAACCCAUAUUCUUGUACAGGGAAAUUGAGUUUUCAGGUCAAUACAGCGUACGGCCGUUUCAAUGCGGGAAAAUUUAGUUUUGUCUUGUUUGUGUGUUUCUCCCUUGUAAUGAGACUUUGUAGGAUGAACGUUGAGAUUUAAGGUUUUAAUUGGUCUGUAAUAAAGUAAACACUUAUAAGGGGUUGACAGAUAUUCCUCAACCAAAACCCUUACACCCUGUGACCUCCUGUUCCUAACGCUGGCUGUUAAACGCUAGGCUACACAAAAGCCGACCAAUCGAAACUUUUGAAAAAUCUGAAUCGACGACCUGGGGGGGGGGGGGGUAGAGGGAGGUGGACAACUACAACGCCGCCGCUGCCGCACUGAUGCCACGUUGAAAGAUGAGCGAGCGAGCGGAGCCACCAGCCGGAGGACGAGGUGUGGAGCAGGAGGACGGGGAGAGGUCGCGUGGGUCACGCUCGACGUGCCGAGGGGAGUGGCCGUCACCCCCGGGGGAAGCGUCGCCGGCGCUUUUCUGCUGCCACAAAAAGCCACGGACCAAAGUGGCCUUACGCUCGCCGGCUACGCGUGACCGUUGCUGCGUCGCGUUGGAUCCGACAAGCGCCAAGCGGCCAGUACGCUCGCGUCUGUCGCGCGGAAGGACGUUUCGAAUGCGGAAUGGUUGUCGCUGCCCGAUGCAAGUGCUCAUGUUUCUUGAAGGCAGAUUAUAGUCGAGUGUGUGCUUGUACGCGCGCCGCAGGAGCGGCGGCGCAGCGGUGAGCACGCCGCGCUACGAACCCCGCGACUCGCAUACAAUUUUCGGCCGCGGGUUGACAGGUGGUGACGAUUUUACCCGAACCGGCCCUGCGCGUCUCGCCCCCCCCCCCCCCCCAAGGUUGACUCGGCCUUACAAAAAAAUGAGCACCUGGUGCCUCGGCGCAAACGUUAGGCACUGGGGGGGGGGGGGGGGGUGGUGGAAGACACGGCAGUCGGAGCGUGGGGCUCGCCGCACCCACCUCGUGCACGCCGUGUGUCGGCCUUAAUAGGUGCUCGCUAACAGCACUUGUCCCCAACUGCCUGUGUGGGCUACGUGGGGGGGAUCUUUGUGUGUGCGUGUGUACCGCUCGUGCAGUGCGUUACCUUGAAACUAACCAUGCUCACGGUUUUGGGGAAUUUUCUACUCCUAAUUUAGUAUUUUAUUUUGUCUGGCUCUGUAUUAAAUGUUGGUGCGCUUGACUGUUGUUCGCUGCUGCUGCUGCUUCUCGAAGUAUGAUGAUGGUGAUGACGAGGGCGGCGGUGCAGGUACUUGGCGACGGCGGGGUCUAUCGACGCGGUAUUUUGAUUGUUGCGAAAAAAAUCAACAAACGGCGGAGGGAAAAGGGGCGGACCGCGAGGAACACUCCAGUGGUGAUGGUGCAAAUGAUGAUGAUAAUCACGGUGGUGAGCUGUUAUUUGAAUGUCAAAAUGAGGCCUGGGACAACACUUACAUAAUUACACGUGCGGAGAAAGGACCGUUUUAUAUUAAAACGUUCAAGUAUUACAACCGGCACACACUUUUUUUUUUCCAAAAGCUUUAUUCGAGUUUCGUUUUUUUUUUUUAAGUACACCCAUAUAAUAUUGAGAUUUGACAUCGCACUCGCAUCCUUCCUUAUGUUAUAAUAAUAAACGCAAGUGUAUACGGAGAGUUGUAUGCCGUUCCACGUGAACCUUUGGGAAAACAUUGUUCGCAGAGGAUGUUUGUUGGUUUGUUGCGGGGAAAUGUCGAGUAAAUACAAAGCGUUUACUUGAAAACACUGGAAAAUAAAGAUUUGCUGGGAGGUGGGGGGGGGGGGGAUCGGGGUGGAAAUAAAAAUGUAUUUUAACUACUAAUAAAUUAAUCCUAGUUUUUCCUUGUCUCGCCACCGAAAGCCUCGGCUGAGUCUCGCGACUUAUUUUCAGGAGGAUGCUGCUCUUGAAUGCUUUGGCAGUACUAUUCUUUUUUUAGCGCUGCCAUGUCUGCUUAUGAGUUAAUAAGUGGAUAUCUCUGAGAAAAAAAC